AUGGUUUGUUGUGUGCUGCCCCCGCAGCAGGAUGUUGCCGAAAGGCCGCUGACGAAUUGGGAGUCUUUCAGGCAGAGAGCCGGGGUCGUACCACCCGUGCUAGAAGACCAGGAUGACAAGCUGCACUGCUUCGAGUCAGGCCUGCUGGAGGGAUUGCAGUACCGCCAGUAUGGCAGUGUGCUCCUUCCCCGACCGCUCACUCGAAAAGUGCUGGAGGGUGUGAGGACCGUGCAGCUCCGAGCCCAGGACACGCUAAUAUGCUUGCCUCCGGAGCUGGCCGGACACAACCUUCAGAUAGAGGAGUCUCUGUUCCAACUCGCGGAGAACCGCUGCGAUGUUGCGCAAACAAUGAUUCCUUUUGGCCCAUAUGGAAUGCGCAUCCCUCCACUGGAGGGAAAGGUCUCCCUCGGGCUCCUUCCCCCGCAAACCUCUCCUGCUCGACGGCAAUGUCAUUGGACGUUUGUGCAGCCUGCAAUGCUACCUCAUGAUGCGGAUAACAAGUUGUCCAUCGGUGGCAAAGUGGUUGUCCUCCUGGCUGAUCCGCGCUAUGUGCUAUUCAGGCAUCGCGAUCUGUGGAAUCGUGUGCGAUGGAUGAGUACGCCCGCUGAAGAUGCCUUCUAUCCGAAGCACUUCGACUUUGGUGCUGCAUUGGAGCAUUAUUUCGAAUCGGACUGCCACUUCGGAGGCCACGUCAUGGAUCGCUAUCGUGACUGGAUGAUGGAACAGCAGCGCGCUCCACACAAAGUGAAGAUCAUCUUUCUCGAAGAUCUCGUGCGAGAUUCCGAAGUUGUUGUAAAAGGCCUGGCCCAAUUCCUGGAGGUGGACGAUCCUCGAGUGCCCGCGUCUGUGAUUUCUUCGCGCCUCAUGCGGAAUUUAGCACGUGUGGAGUGUUGCCACCGGCAGAGCCCGUGA